GGCAGCAGGGAUAAGUCUGUGUUGGGAACAAGGCGACGUAGCAGUAACCUAACGUAGAACCUCAAACCGCCGCCGGCGACGAGGAGACGCCACUCUGUUUCUUACCUGACCACGUCUAUAGGAGGCCGUUGAUUGUUGUUGUGCCUAGGUUUUCUCGAUCUGAACAUGUUUCAAUUAAGACCAGAAAUCGCAAUACCAAUUGGUUGAGAUAAAAUUUCGAUCAUUUGGGGUUUUGGGUUUAAUAUGUCAAUCUGUAGGUGAAUGAUAUGUCUGUCUAGCAUAUUUGCCAAGCAUCCUGGAUGUGCUUGCUGUAUUGCUAGUUCAGAAAAUUCUUCUGGAGAAAGUUUGUUUCAAGCAUAAUGAGAAAGUCUACUGGGCACAAGCACAAGUACACAAACAAAUGUGAAAUCCCACAGAGUCCUUCCAACGAUGGCACUGCUGCACGAACUAGGCCUUUUAGUUUUGAUGAGAUCAUGCUUAGAAGGAAAAACAAAAAGCAAUCUGGAAGUGUUGAAGACCAGCAAGGUGAUUCAGAGGUAGCCUCUGUUAAAGGAGCCCAGAGUGUUACUGGUCUUGUGGAAUCUGAAAGACGCGAACGCAGGGACGUUGGUGGCCAUGAACAACAUGCUUCUAAGGAGCCUUUAAAGGUACAUUCUCGAGCAAAAGAGGAUAAGUCUAAGAUGAGAGAAGGCAAAAUAGUGGAAGGUGAAUACAGAGAAAGUAAUAAUGCUCAAAGAAGAUCAAAGGUUGGUAGUGAUAAUGCUAAAGAUAGAAGGAAAGAAAGAGGUAUCAACGAGAAGAGAAAGAACCAGGAUAGGUCAAGUGAUGACUCUGACAAUGAAUAUGGAAAGAGGCAUGGUAAGGAUUCUGCAAUUAAAGCCAGGGACAGAAAUGUUGAGAGGAACAGAGGGAGAUCUGAACAUGUCAGUAAGACGAGAACGCAAAAUGGAUAUGACGAGCGAACUAGAGACCAGGAUGCUGGAAAAAAACAUGAAUCACGAACGUGGCAUGAUUCCGAUACUUCAGAGAGGAAGCAAAAAAAAGGAACAUCUGAAUCUCGCCAUGAAGACUUAAAAUUGAAAGGUAAAUGGUCCAGGAGCAGAGAGCGUACAAGAGACAAAAGAAGGUCCAAUUCGCCUUCACCAAGGGGAUAUAAACAAAGAUUACAUGAUGUGCAAGAGCACGAAGAGUUAUCUGCACAUUCUUCAAAAGAUAGGCUAGGAAGAUUUGAUUCCAAUGUUGACAGGAAGAGAAUAUCAAUCAAUGGUUCAAGUAACAAGUCUAAGAGACAUGAAACAGCUGCAAGUAGACUUGGUGGCUAUUCACCAAGGAAGAGAAGAAGUGAGGCUGCUGUUAAGACUCCUUCCCCAACUAGUCGUUCUCCAGAGAAGAACGCUGGAUGGGACUCGCCACCUGUUAAGAUGGAAGGAAGUUUUAUUAGUUCUUUCCAGUCUGAUUUGCUGUCAUUAAACAAAACUGAACUAUCAAAUAGACAGGAGGUUGCCAGUGUGGUUCCCCUCAUUUCAAGUAUCCCCAAGCCAACCUUUGGACUACUUUCCAGCAUUCCUUCAAUGAUGAAUUCUACUGUUGAUUCCGUCCAGCUAACUCAAGCAACCAGGCCUAAAAGGAGGAUUUAUGUAGAAAACUUGCCAUCUUCAGCCUCUGAGGCAGCUGUCAUGGAAUGGCUUGGUGGUUAUCUUCGACCUUCUGGUGUUAAUCAUGUCCAGGGCACAAGUCCAUGUAUUAGCUGUAUUGUGAACAAGGAGAAGGGUCAGGCACUUGUGGAAUUUCUCACACCUGAGGAUGCUUCUACUGCUCUCAGUUUGGAUGGCAGGUCUUUCUCCGGGAACAUUCUUAAGAUCAGACGCCCCAAAGAUUACGUUGAUGCAAGUACUGGUGUGUCGGAGAAACCUGUGGCUGGAGCUGUUUCAGUUAAAAACAUCGUUGAAGACUCCCCUAACAAGAUUUUCAUUGGUGGGCUUUCAAAACUUAUCACAUCUAAAAUGCUCAUGGAGAUUGCCAGUGCUUUUGGACCUCUAAAGGCCUACCACUUUGAGGCUAAUGCAGAUCUUGACGGUCCAUACGCCUUCGUUGAGUACGUUGAUCAAUCUGUUACUGUCAAAGCAUGUGUGGGUCUUAAUGGUAUGAAGUUGGGUGGGAAAGUUCUGACUGUAACUCAAGCAACUCCAGAUGCUUCAUCACUGGAAAACCAUGGCGACCAACCUUUCUAUGGAACUCCAGAGCAUGCACGACCGCUUCUUGAAGAACCUACACAAGUUCUGAAGCUCAGUAAUGUGCUGGACCCGAACAGCCUAUUGUCGCUCUCUGAACCGGAAUUGGAAGAAAUACUAGAAGAUGUACGACUAGAGUGUACCAGGUUUGGCAUGGUCAAGUCGAUUAACAUCAUUAAGCAAAACGACAAUCCCACAAGUUCAGAUACAGUUAAAGUUGCUGAAGAAGAUUGUUCCAUGGCCGAUAUAGUAACCGAGGACCAAUCCAGAGAAAGAGGAUCCGAGCCUUCAGGCAGCGAUAAAGAUCAAGAAAUCAAAGAACCUGCAGAUGGAAACGACUGUCAUGAUGAUAAACCUGAAGAAGUUAAUGAGAUCAAUGGUGAUAACCAUGAAAACAAGAUUGUGAAAGAUGAAACAUCUGAUAAUAGUGUUUUAGAAAACCAGAAUUUGGAGGAGAAUUCGAACCAGAUAAGCUCGGCAAUUGAUCAAAUGGAGUUGAAUGACCUCAAAUCUAGAGAUGAUUUUGGGACCGAAAACAAACCAUUGAAACUGGAGAUGGUCUCGCUUGAAUCACGUAGUGCCACGAAAGAUGAGGCAUCUGAUCUGAACGAUACUUUUAAGGUCGGUUGUGUGUUGGUGGAGUACAAAAGAACCGAAGCUUCUUCCAUGGCUGCACAUUGUUUACAUGGCCGGAUUUUUGACGGAAGAACGGUGAGCGUGGGAUUUGUUGCACACGAUGUCUACUGUGCCAGGUUUCGUAAAUGAGUUCCUUGCCUAAAAACAACCAAAUGCACAACAUCUUGACGUGUAACGUUUUUAUAACGCGAUGACUACUUCGAGCUCCUUGAAGAAAGUUGAAAUCAUCGAGAUGAAAACAUGACUUUUUGUAUUGUUCAUUGGAUCUUGUUCAUUUUACAUGUCUGAUCUUGUAGCGAUUGACGACAUCUGUGUAACCUUGAUUUUAUAGGGAAUAUGUCAUUUGGGUGUAUGGCUUUUGCUUGUGUAGGACUUUUACGAGUACGGUCGUUUACCG